CGCGGCUGAGCUGGAGAAGCCUGAGGGGAGGUUUGGGUCUGGGCGUUUCGGAGGCCGCCUGACCUGGGGUGCGGCCGGACCCUGCGAGGACUCUGCGAGGACUGUGGGCCUGACCCCCAUCCCGAGCACAUCAGGCCCACCUGGGAAUAAGUCACGCUUUCUUCCUCGAACUCCCCGAGCAUGGAGGGAGCUGAUCCCCAGAGAGGAGGAGGUCGUGAGCCCUGGGGAGGAGUCGGUGGAGGCCCUGCUGGACCUGGUCCGUAGCCCCCACUCACCCUGGGCUCUGCUGGAGGGCUCCAGUGCAGAGGACCGUUUUCUGAAAGAACUGGCCAUCCAGAAUCCCCUGGUGCUCAAAGACACCUUCUUCUACUCCUACUUCAGAUCCUUACGGGUGGUGGACAAGCAGGUGAACCUGGUGGAUAAAGGUCUCCUGAAAUUUCUAAAACUCGAAGAGUUGGUACUGAGUGCCAAUCAAAUCAAGGAGGUUGAUGCCAUCAACCUGCCCCCAACUCUCAAGGUGCUGGAGCUCUAUGGCAACAAGAUCACCAGCAUGGAGUGUCUGUGUGCCCACCCGCCCCCACGUCUCCAGCACUUGGGCUUGGGUCACAACAAGCUUCUGGGCCCCUUAGAAAGUCUGUAUGUCACCGCGGAUCACUGGCCCAACCUUGUCUCUCUGGACCUGAGCUUCAAUGACCUGACGGACCUGCAGGGCAUGAUCGCCAGCCUCAGCACCCUCCAACAUCUGAGGCUGCUUGUGCUGCAGGGGAACCCACUGGGCCUGGUGCCCUACUACCGAGGUUUCACCAUCGACAGCCUGUCCCGGCUCUGCGUGCUAGAUGACAUCACCGUGUCUCCCAGUGAGAAGUAUCAGUUCAGGGGGCUCAGCCACCAUGGGGACCUUUUGGCAUGUGAGGCGCAGCUCGUGGUGACCAUUGGAAAUGUCAAGGGGGUUCCCGACACCUCUAUCUUGGACCCCGACCCGGGGCCCCAAGGCCCUUUUAUCAGUUACAGCUACUAUGUGACCUACGGUUUUGUGGAAGAUGAAGAAGGAGAAGGAAGUAAAUAUGGUGGUGUGCUGGCUGAGACCGUCGAGCCCGCGCCCCGCGGCGAGCCGCUGGGCCAGGACGUCCGCCAAGAGCCCUCCGAGGGGCGUGAAGAGUCGGUGGAGUCGGGGCCGUCCACCCCGUCGGGGCAGCGGGAGGACUCGCUGGCCUCGGGCGCGUCGGCGCCCCCGCCCUGGGUGACGGACUCGGCGGAGGAGCUGGAGGCGCUGGCCAAGCUGCGGCCGCGGGCGGACCCCCGGCUCGGCCCCUCCGCGGGGACAGUCCUCUUCAGCACCACCCGCAAGCCCUGGACAGAUGUCAUUCCCUGCAACUAUGAGAUGCAGCACAGCCUCAGAGAUCUGGUGCCCCUCAAGGCCUUCCUGCUGGCGGGAACCACCGUGACCAUUGUGGAGGAGAAGAUCCUCUCCUGGCCUCUGGUGCCGCCUCCUGUCGACAUUGUGUCGCCUGCCAAGAAAGGAAAAGGGGAGAAGGACAAGAAAGGGAAGAAGGACAAAGACAAGGAAAAAGACGGGAACGACAAGGCAGGGAAAGGGGAGAAAGGGACGGCAAAGGAACAGAAGGCGUCCAAGAAGAAGGAGCUUCCAAAGGAGCUCCGCCAGGACCCCCCCAUCCUGCGCGUGCUGGGCAGUGGCCUGCUGGCCUUGGAGCCCCUGCUGGCGGGGGAGUCACUUGUGUCCUCCGUGUGCAACUUUGGGGUGAUCCGCACCCCGGAAAUCGACAGGCUGAUGUUUCUUAGGGAUUUGAAGAAGAACAAGAAAGCUAAAAAUGUUCUGGAGGCUGGGAAGUCCAAGACCAAGGUGCCAGCAUCGUUAGAAAAGAAAAAAUCUGCGUUUGCAAUUUACGAAAGCGACUACCAGCCGCAGCCGCUGACCGUGGAGGUGCAGAUCCAGCUGAACCAGUGCCGCUCGGCCGAGGAGGCGCUCCGGGACUUCUCCCUGUAGGGCGCGCGAUUAAAGGCUGUUCUGAUG